AUGGUAAACAUGAUGGCUGUGUCGCGACCGGCUAGUGCGGGCCCUGAACCGCGGCGUACCCCUACGACCGACCGGCGAGCGCUCAGCGCUGACGCUGAACCGAGGACCUUGGCUGCCAGGAAGGUGUACCCUGAUGAGCGCGAGGAACGCGUAGAGCAACAAGAACACACUGAGCGACGAUCGCCCUCACCCAAAGCAGAUAAUGAAGACUCACCUCUGGACUUAACAGUGCGAAAAGAAAUAACUGUAUGUGACUUUGCGCGACACCCGUUUGUGGAUCCCGCGGAUUAUGUACGAGCACAAGUGAUGCUGCGCCAGUCCAGGGACUACCUGGCCACCGGCAGGGACUCGGGCACGGAAUCUGACGACUCCGCCGGCCGGCUCAGCCCCGGCGACGAUGCGGUCACCGGCAAAGCUUACAAGAAGUCCCUCAUGAAGAGAUACAUGGACGCCGGCGAGGCUGCUGGUCUGCGGCUGGGUCCUAGGGGCUCACUCGGGCAGGCUCUGCUGCACGGACUGCUGGCACCAGCCCCUCCAUCACGCCACCACCUGUACACACCAUCAAAUAACACCGGAUCUCUACCACCGUCUCCGGCGGAUAGCGGCGUGUCAGACGUGGAGUCGUCAUCAUCAGGCGCCGGCUCAGCAGAGGAGUUGAAGGCGCGAUUGCAGCCGCCCCCGGCGCCAUUCCAUGCGCCCUUCUUACCAUUCUACCCCCACCACCAGAUCGCCACCUCAUUGCAGCAGCAUGCGCAUCCAAGGCCAGCAGUGGGCGGAGUGAGCGAGCGCGACGCGUACGGCUACGGUUACGGCGGCGCGGGCGGCGGGCACCACUUCGCCGCGCCCGCGCCGCCGCCCCUGCCGCACGAGGAGCUGCCCUACUCGGUGUUCGACUUCGGCGACUACCAGCGGCACCACCACCACAACAAGCUCAAGCCCAAGAAGCGGCCGCGGCCCGACCACCCGCCGGCCCCGGGCGUCAAGCGCAAGUCUCGCGAAGGCUCCACCACCUACCUCUGGGAGUUCCUCCUCAAACUCCUGCAGGACCGCGAGUACUGCCCGCGCUACAUCAAAUGGACGAACCGCGAGAAGGGCGUCUUCAAGCUGGUCGACUCGAAGGCUGUCUCCCGACUUUGGGGCUUGCACAAAAACAAGCCCGACAUGAACUACGAGACAAUGGGCCGCGCGCUCCGCUACUACUACCAGCGCGGCAUCCUCGCCAAGGUGGACGGGCAGCGGCUCGUCUACCAAUUCGUGGACGUGCCCAAGGACAUAGUCGAGAUCGACUGCUCGCUCGCGUAA